AUGGCCAUGCAGACCGCUACGGAACCAAAAACUCGCGAUGACUACACCGUGGGAUGGGUUUGUGCUUUGCCAAAAGAAUUAACCGCCGCAAUAUCUAUGCUAGAUCAGAGGCAUCAAGAUCUCCCUAAGCCGCCAAACGACCAUAACACAUAUACUUUGGGCUCUAUAGGCAAUCAUAACAUCGUCGUGGCAUGUUUACCAAAAGGGAGAUAUGGCCUUACCUCAGCAGCAACGGUUGCGGUACAGAUGGUCGAUACAUUUCCAUCCAUCAGGGUAGGUCUCAUGGUCGGCAUCGGCGGCGGUAUUCCAUCCAAAGUUAGACUCGGGGAUGUUGUUGUCAGCACACCCAUUGGCCAGUUCCCUGGCGUUGUUCAAUGGGAUUCUGGUAAGGCAAAAGACGGCGGUGGCUUUGAACGGACCGGGGCGAUGGAUAACCCUCCGGCAUCACUGCUCACGGCUCUCUCCAAGUUGGAGAUGGAAUACGAGCUGGGCGGAUCCAGGAUACCAAAACAUCUAGAAAGUAUGAAGGCAAAAUGGCCGGCGCUGGCGGCAAAGUAUCAGAGAUCCGACUCGCUAGAAGAUGUAGUAUUUAACGCCGACUAUGGCCAUGUCAACCCAGAUGCCGAAAACAAGGGUCAAGAAAACGAGCGCUGCCAACUUUGCGACGGUAACAAAGCCGUGAGGAGGACGCCUACAGAUCCGCGCGUUCACUAUGGACUUAUUGCAUCGGGCAACCAGGUCAUUAAGGAUGCCGCCUUUCGAGAUAAGCUUAACGAGAGCCUUGGCGGUAGUGUUCUUUGUAUCGAAAUGGAAGCAGCGGGGCUGAUUAAUAAUUUCCCCUGCAUUGUCAUUCGAGGGAUAUGUGACUACGCCGACUCGCAUAAGAAUAAGGAUUGGCAAGAGUAUGCUGCGGCUGUAGCGGCGGCGUAUGCAAAAGAACUCCUAGAAUCCAUACCGCCGAAUGACGUUCACGGAGAGCGCCGAAUGACCGACAUAUUUGGUCGUGCUCUCGAAGCCAUAUCUGCAACUGGAGGCGAUGUCGCGCGUAUCAGAUCUAGGUUGGACAAGGAUGAAACCGACAGAGCGCUGAACUGGCUCACUCCGACCGACUAUGCUCCACAGCAGAGUGACUACCUCGCGAGGCGACAGCCGGGGACCGGCCAAUGGCUCUUGGACUCAAAGGAGUUCCAGGCCUGGCUAGGCGCCAAUAACCAGACACUAUUUUGCCCAGGAAUGCCAGGUGCGGGAAAGACAAUCUUAACAUCGAUUGUGGUCAACGAACUAUGUACGAGAUUCCCUGACGACCCAACUAUCGGCAUCGCCUAUAUCUACUGUAACUUUCGCAGAAAGGAAGAGCAAAAAGUCAGCCAUAUGCUGGCAAGUUUGUUAAAACAGCUAUCUCAGAGCUGCCCAUCUCUCCCCACGAGCGUGCGUGAUCUCUAUGAUCAACACCGGAGCAAGCAGACACGGCCUUUACCUGACGAGGUCUCGAAAGCUCUUCAAUCUACUGCUGCGUUAUACUCUAGAGUUUUCAUCAUCAUUGACGCAUUCGACGAGGUUCCCGACAGCCGCCGCCGAAGACUUCUUCCAGAGCUCCUCUAUCUCCAAAAACACAGCUUUGUGAAUGUUUUUGUAACAUCAAGAUAUAUCCCCGAGGUUACCAUGCAAUUUCUCAGCAACAUAUCAUUGGAGAUUCGGGCCAACGAGAGUGACGUAAAAAAAUACCUAGAAGGUCACAUCAGAGAGCUGUCGAGCUUUGUUGGAGAGGAUCGUCAGUUACAAGAGGAGAUCAAGACUGUAAUUUCAGAAGCUGUGGACGGGAUGUUUCUUCUGGCGCAGAUCUAUCUCGACUCACUCGCGGACAAGUUAACGAAGAAUACAAUCCGAAGCGCAUUGCACAUUAUCCGGACCCAAGGCCAAAGGUUGGCCGGUGAUAAGAACCAGGUGCUAGAUACGGCCUAUGACCAAACUAUGGACAGGAUAAACGCACAGAAGAAAGGCUUUAGAGAGCUUGCGACCAAGGUUCUCUCGUGGAUCACUUGCGCGAAGAGGCCACUUACCCAAUCGGAACUCCAGUGCGCCCUUUCAAUAAGCAUUGAGAACCCCAGGUUUGACCAAGGCGAUCUUCUGAGUCCCAAAGACAUCGUCUCUGCGUGCGCUGGGCUGGUUACUAUCGAUGAAGAAAGCGACGUCAUCCGGCUGGUUCACUACACCACGCAAGAAUAUUUUGAGCGAACGAUGGCAAAAUGGUUUCCAAAUGCAGAUGUGAGCAUUACAGAGACAUGUAUCGCCUGCCUUUUAUGCGGCGAGGACAGCUCAAGGGGGGGAGGGCUUUCCUUAAACCCUCUUUACGACUAUGCAGUUCAAAAUUGGGGACACCAUGCCCGCAUAGCCGCCAGUAAGGUAAAGGAGCUGGUCCUGAGGUACCUGGCAAAUGAGGAUGAGCGCCUGGCCACUGUGGCUUACGGAGGUUCCCUUAACCAUGGACGAAAGACAUCUCAAGACGUAACAAGGCUACACAUUGCAGCAUAUUUUGGGCUUACCGAGGUCGUCGCCGCUCUGCUUAUAAAGGGAGAUAAUCCGGAUCGCAAAGACUCCUAUGAACAGACCCCUUUAUUGUUGGCCGCAGCAAGUGGCCACGAAGAGGUUGUAUCAAUCUUGCUCGCUACACUCGACACGAACAACGUCAACGCCAACUUGAAGAAUAAUCAGGGCAGGACACUGCUAUCAUAUGCUUCCGAAAGGUGCCAUGAAGCGGUCGUGCAGUUACUUCUCAAUAUGGGCGCCGAUGUCGAGUCAAGGGAUAGGAAAAAUGGCCGCUUGCCGUUAAUAUAUGCUGCUGAGGGCGGGCACGAGACCAUCACGCGGUUGCUUCUCGCUAGCGGUGCUAAGAUUGAAUCGAAAGAUGAUUCAGGACGAACGCCGCUUCUUGGUGCUGCUGAGAAUGGAUCUGAGACUAUAGUGCGGCUGCUACUUGACAAAGGUGCGAAUACCGAAUCGAGGAGUACCAAGGAUGGUCGAACAUCCCUAUCCUAUGCCUCCAGUUACGGGCAUAAGGCAGUUGUACAGCUUCUACUUGAUAGGGGCGCUGAUAUUGAGUCCAAGGAUAAAGAUAACAGAACACCGCUAUUAUACGCCGCCGGGAGGGGACAUGAGGCCAUUGUACGGCUGCUCCUCAAUCAGGGCGCCACGGUCGAGUCGACAGACAGACACGGCCAGUCACCACUGCUAGUUGCCGCUAAGAAUGGUUACGAGACCAUCGUGCGACAACUGUUCGAAGCAAGUGCCAAUAUCGAGUCGAAGGAUGGCAAAAGCGGUCGCACGUUGCUAUCUUAUGCCGCCGGGAAUGGGCACUUGGGAGUUGCACGGCUCUCGCUUGAUAGGGGUGCUAAUGUCGAGGGCGCUAACCUGGAGUCAAAGAAUAAGAAUGGUCAAACACCGCUGGUAAGUGCUGCUGUGAAUGGACACAAAGCAACCGUACAGGAGUUACUAGAGCAUAGAGCAGAGGUCGAUUCGAAGGAUGAGGGUGGCCAGACGGCGCUGCGUAGUGCCUCUCAGAAGGGGCAUAAGGAUAUUUGCCAGCUCCUAUUGUUAUAUGGGGCUGAUAUUUAUAAGUAG